UGGUUGACCCGUGCCCUUGAAUGUCAUUGGUAGCGAAGUUAGAAACCCGUUGAUAGAAUUUAGUCUGCCACCGGACGUUGGCGAAGUUUAUUCUAUGUACAGAUAGUAUCGCAUAAUUACUUUUACUAUUAUUUCAUAUAAUUUUCAAACAAUAAUAAUUUGUUUAGUCAUUCUCGUUGUCUUUUCAAUCACGUUUAAAUAUAUUAGAAAAAAAGAAAUAUGUCAAGCGCAGUGAGCAGUUCAUCGGUGGAGACAAAAGUGUAUGAAGGCCAAAAGCCGGGUACAUCUGGACUUCGAAAGGCUGUUCGAGUUUUUCAACAGGAACAUUAUACUGAAAAUUUUGUCCAAGCUAUAUUAGAUGCUUUGGGUAACCAAUGUGUCGGGUCUACUCUCGUUGUUGGUGGUGAUGGACGUUAUUAUGGGAAAGAUGCUGUUAAAAAGAUCAUUAGAGUUGCUGCUGCCAAUGGAGUAAGGAGGUUGAUUGUUGGGCAAAAUGGAAUCCUUUCGACACCAGCUGUAUCCGCUAUAAUUCGUAAAUACAAAACACAAGGAGGAAUAGUAUUAACUGCGUCGCACAAUCCUGGUGGUCCUAAUGCUGAUUUUGGAAUCAAAUUUAACUGUGAAAAUGGAGGACCUGCUCCGGAUGGAGUUACUAAUAAAAUUUAUGAAAUUACUAAAACGCUAAAAAGUUAUAAAAUAAUACCAGAGAUAAACAUAGAUAUUGAUAAAAUUCAAAACGUUUCUAUUCAAGUCGAUGGGAAACCAUUUGAUGUUGACAUAAUUGAUUCCGUAAAUGAUUAUUUAGAACUUAUGAAAGAAAUUUUUGAUUUUACUAGUAUUAAAAGUUUAUUGCAAGGAAGUGAACAAAGACCAGCUUUCAAGGUUCUUAUUAAUGGAAUGAAUGGAGUUACGGGACCUUAUAUAAAACGUAUAUUUAGUGAUGAAUUAGGUGUUGAUAAUUCAAGUCUCGUUAAUAUAACUCCGUUAGAAGAUUUUGGAGGACUUCAUCCUGAUCCAAAUUUAACUUACGCCAUAGAUUUGGUAAACGCCAUGAAAAAUAAUCCUAAUAAUGAUUUUGGAGCUGCUUUCGAUGGAGAUGGAGAUAGAAAUAUGAUACUAGGAAAAAAUGCUUUUUUUGUAACACCUUCUGAUUCAUUAGCAGUAUUGGCUGCUAAUUUAACAUUAAUACCUUAUUUUCAAAAGACUGGUGUUAAAGGAUAUGCAAGAUCUAUGCCGACAGGUGCAGCUGUAGAUAGAGUAGCUCUUAAAGGUGGAAUUACAUGUUUUGAAGUACCUACUGGUUGGAAGUAUUUUGGAAAUUUGAUGGAUGCUGGUCGUCUAUCACUUUGCGGAGAAGAAAGCUUUGGUACAGGUUCUGAUCAUAUACGUGAAAAAGAUGGCAUAUGGGCUUGUCUCGCAUGGCUCAAUGUUAUCGCUAAACUUGGAAAAUCUGUUCAAGACGUAUUAUUAGAUCAUUGGAAAGUUUAUGGACGGAAUUUCUUUACGAGAUAUGAUUACGAGAAUUGCGAAGUAGAAAGUGCAAAUAAAGUGAUGCAGGAGGUUGAAACAGUAAUUCAAACAGCAGGAUUUGUUGGUAAAACCUUAUCUUCAGAAAAUAAAACUUAUACUGUUAAACUUGCAGACAAUUACUCGUACACUGAUCCCGUUGAUGGGAGUCAAGCCAAUAAACAAGGCUUACGGAUAUUAUUUGAAGAUGGUUCUCGUAUAAUAUAUCGUUUAUCCGGAACUGGAAGUUCAGGAGCAACGAUUCGUUUAUAUAUUGAUAGCUAUGAAAAUGAUCAAUCUGUUUACGAAAAAGAUGCUCAACUAAUUUUAAAACCAUUAGUCAACAUUGCAUUAGAUUUAAGUAAAUUAUCUCAGCAUACAGGACGCGAUGCACCAACUGUCAUUACAUAAAGAGGUAAUAUAUAUUGUUCUCACAAAUAUUUCUUACGGUUACAGUUUUACUCAUUAUUUCAUAAUACAAAAGUAAAACUGUUUGUGAAUAAAUAAAAAAGAAACAUUGUGCCAUUCUAUUAUUAUAAUUAGGACAGAUUAACAUUGGAAAAUUUCAUUGUCCAUUAUUUAGUAAUCUUUCCAUUUUUAUACAGAUUUUUACUUACAUUAAUAUGAAAGCAAUAUAUUAAUGUCUUGUUAUAAAAUAGCACACUAUUCAUAUAGUGUCAUAAUCAUUACGUUAAUGUAUCAUUAAAAUUGAAACUUAAUGAGUAAUUUAGAUGCACAUGUUUUGAAUCGAACAAUUUCUUAUGCAAAACAAUAAAAUAUAUAAUGGAAAAAAGACAAUAUAAAUGUUUUGCUUCGAUAUAAAAAUAAUCUUAAUCUCAUAAAAUUGUACCACUGCAAACAAAUUAUGCUAUUCUUUCAUUUAACUUUUAUUAUAUUAGUAUAUGUAUUUUUAAAAUGUUCAUUUUAUAAAACAAGAAAUAAGUUUUACAUUAAUAUAGAAAAAGUCGGCACUAAAAUUCACAUUUUAAUGCAAGUUAUACAUUUACUUUAAUUUUUUAUAAAAAUCUCAAUUAAUUUUAUCAAAUUAAAUAACCGUUGUACUAAAAUAAUUUAAUGUAAAUUUUUUGGUAACGAGCUUAUGUUUGUAGUGAUCACUAAUAGUUAUAUAUGAUUAGAAAAUAGUUCAAAUGGCAUCUGACACGGCUAUUAAGUUCUAAUUAUACCAUACCUUCUUACAAAGAAAAUUAAAGUCUAUUUAAGAAUAAAUAUUUACUGCGAAUAAAUGAACACGCAGUUAUUAGAAAAAGAAUUAUUUAUAGAAGUUUAAAAUAUAUGUAAAAAUAUUCGAUGGAACAAAUAGUAAAAUAUAUACUUUGUUCUAAUAAUUAAUUCAUAUUUUAUAAUAGUAUAUGAUAAUUAAUUAUAAAAACUACAAUCGAUGCGCUAUUAUUUUAUUUUAUCAGAAAAAUAUUAAAGUUAAAACCGUGUUACUUGUCAGUUUAUUAAAUCAUUUGAACUAAUAUGAACUAUCAAAACUAUAUAACAUAUAAUAACGUAUUUUGUUUAUUUUAUUGCUGUAUAUUAUAUUAGAUAUUCUUUAUAUAUAUUAGUAACAAUUAUUUAUGAAUACAAAAAUUAUAUGUUCUAUUAAUCAUGCUUUUUUUAUGUGAUCAUUAAAAAAGAAAAAAAAAAAGAAAAAAAGCGAAAAAAAAGAAAGAAAAAAAUGUUCGACAUCAUAAUAAUAAAAUAUUAUAUCAGAAUUUGUAUUUUAUUGAAGCUAUAUUAAUGUCUUGAUAUUGAUCUUGAUAAAGUAAAUGAAACAUAGAAAGAAGCAUGAGUAUAUAAAUUGCUUGGACGGUUUUUCAAGCAUUGUGAAAAUAAUGACAGGAAAUGUUUUAUUUCUACGGUCAAUAUAUAUCACAAAGCUUGAAGAAAUAUAUAUCUUAAUGUAGAUACGAUUCCUAAUCAUCGAGAUACUUAGCAUUUAGCAUAUUAUAUAUGUUUUGUUAAGAUUUAAAUAAUAUUUAAAUCUAUCAAAAAUUAUUGAUGAAAAGAAAAAAUCAUAAUUACCGCAUAAAAAUAAUUGUCCAUUCUUAGACAAAUUUGUAUACAUAUGUCCAUACUAAUGAUAAGUACGUACUAUAGCAAAAUGGAACAAUUCAUUUCUGUUUUUCUAAUUUUAUUAUUAUACUUUUUCAUAUUUAUAUAUAACUAAUAAAUCUGCUCGGUAUCUCACUGAAGUUAAUUGAUAGGGUAAAAUAUGUAGAAAAAUAUAUAUAAAAAGAGAAAAAUUUGAUUAACCGUUACAAUAUAUAUGUAUAUGUAUAUGUAUAUGUAACAAAAUCUACUCACCAUAAAAAAGGUGUGUGUAUAAAUGACACAAUUAAUCAAUGGAAUGGUAGAUAGUAGUGUACAUUUUUUGUAGCAAUUAUAAAGAAGUAUGUCAAAACAUUGGUAUAUAACAAUAAUAAUAACAUUCAUAUAUAUAUAUAUAUAUAUAUUUUUAUAAUAACAAUAAUAAUAAUAAUAUAUUAUCUUUUAUUUUUAUUUGUUUAAUUUUUUUUUUCUACUAAUAAUAUUAAAUGCUAUCAGAACAAUUUACAAAGAAGCAUUCAAGUAAGAGAACAAUUUUAGCUUUCAAAAAAACAAAUCGAUGAAACGAAGAACAUGUCAUUUUCAUAUGUUUAUUUUUUCUUCGUGAUCGACACCAUUAUUAAAAUGAAAAGAUAUGCAGCAAUAUAUAAUUCAGAAGAUAUAUUAAAAAUAAUAAAAGAAACUUAAUCAUGAAAUUAACUACACAUUUUGUGCAAGAUGCAAUUGCCGGUGUUUGAAGAGAUUGUGGAGAGCGAAUUUUGUAAAUAGUAGAAGAAGAAGAAGAAGAAGAAGAAGGGGGGGAUACUUGGGGACCUGAGCUGACACAAACUCCCAUUCAGCUUAUUGCCAUUGUCAUAGAGUGUUUUCAAGAAUUUUGGAUGGUUCAUAAAGAAAAAAAAAAA